AUGGAUAAAUCUUGUGUGCUUUCUCUUGGUCUUUGUCUCCUUGUUUUGUUUCAUGGCUGCCUAGCAGUAAGAGAGUUCAAAAAUCAAGCCCAGAUCAUACAGCUCAGACGCCAGUUCCAAGGAGAACAACAGCAAAGUGAAUGCCAGAUCAGUAAUCUUGAUGCCCUUGAACCCUCCCGUAGGAUUGAGGCUGAGGCUGGACAUCUUGAAAUUUGGGACCACAACAAUGAACAGUUUCAGUGUGCUGGGGUUGCAGCUUAUCGUGUUACAAUUCAGCCAAAGGGCCUCUCCUUGCCUGUUUACCAAAAUACACCUCAGAUGAUCUAUGUUGUCAAAGGUGAGGGAGUUCUAGGAUUAUCAAUCCCUGGCUGCCCUGAAACAUUCCAAUCAUUUGAACAAUAUCAUCCAUUCGAGGAAGAAGGCAGUAGGAGCCAAAGGUCCGAAGAUGAAGAUAGCAGUAGCAGUAGCAGUACUCAAGGAUCAAAGGAUCGAAGCAGUAAAAGCCAAGAAUGCGAGCAUCAACAGAGCAGACGUCGAGGUAGCAAAAGUCAACAAUCAGAGGAUCAAAGCAGUAGAAGCCAAGAAUCCGAGGAUCAAAGCAGUAGAAGACAUGAAUCUGAGGAUCAGCAGAGUAGACGCCGAGGUAGCAAAAGUCAAGAAUCCGAGGAUCAAAGCAGUAGAAGCCAUGAAUCUGAGGAUCAACAGAGCAGACGUCGAGGUAGCAAAAGGCAACAAUCAGAGGAUCAAAGCGGUAGAAGCCAAGAAUCCGAGGACCAAUAUAGUAGAAGCCAAAGAAGCAGAAGUCAACAAUCAGAGGAUCAAAGCGGUAGAAGCCAAGAAUCCGAGGACCAAUAUAGUAGAAGCCAAAGAAGCAGAAGUCAACAAUCAGAGGAUCAAAGCGGUAGAAGCCAAGAAUCCGAGGACCAAUAUAGUAGAAGCCAAAGAAGCAGAAGUCAACAAUCAGAGGAUCAAAGUAGUAGAAGCCAAAGCUCAGAUGAUCAACACAGUAAAAGCCAAAGGUCUGAGGACUUUCACCAGAAGUUGAGAUUCUUCAAGGAAGGUGAUGCCCUUCUUGUACCAGAGGGAGUUGCCUACUGGGCCUAUAAUGGCGGUGAUACACCGAUUGUUGCAGUUGUCGUAAUCGACACCAGAAACAAUGCCAACCAGCUUGAUGAGAAAGUGAGGAAUUUCUGGCUUGCUGGUAAUGUACAAGAACAAGAGGAGCACCAACAACAAAAACAAAGAGGACAAUCAUCAUCUAGGAGUGAGAAAUUUGGGGAAGAGAGCUCUAGCAACAUAUUUAGUGGCAUCGAUGUUGAGCUAUUAUCUCAGGCUUUCGGUGUGAGAAAGGAGACAGUGAGAAAGCUACAAGGUGAAAAUGACCAAAGGGGACCUAUCAUCCAGGCUGAAAGAGGACUUGAGGUGAUAAAACCAAUAUUGAGUGAAGAGCAAGAAAGAAAACAAGAAAGCAAUGAAAAUGGGUUGGAAGAAGCUCUUUGCAACAUGAGGCUUAGACAAAAUAUUGGAAAAGCCACGAGGUCUGAUGUAUACACACCAUUUGGUGGACGUCUUACCACUCUYAAUAGCCAAAACCUCCCUAUUCUUGGCUUCUAUCAACUCAGUGCCCAGAGAGGCCAUCUCUACAAGAAUGCUAUAUUGUCUCCUCAUUGGAAUAUAAAUGCACACAGUGUGGUAUACGUUCUUAGGGGUGAAGCCCAAGUUCAGAUUGUUGGAAACUCAGGUGAGACUGUCUUCGAUGGGCAACUUUGUGAAGGCCAACUGGUUAUUGUUCCACAGAACUUCGUUGUAGUGAAACAAGCAGGGGAUAACGGGUUCGAAUGGAUUUCAUUUAUGACUAGUGACAAUGCAAUGACUAGUUCACUUGUUGGAAGGAAUUCAAUCUUUAGGGCCAUGCCAGAAGAGGUCCUCAUGCACUCCUACCAGAUUUCCAAUGAGGAAGCAAGGAGGUUGAAGUACAACAGAGAGGAAAUGGGUAUCUUGUCACCAAAUUUUGAAUCCAAUUGAAAGUUUUCUAUGGUGUAAAACAAUAAUAGCUGUGAAGGCAAAUUAGGUUGAGAAUAAUCAAGUUUUAUAAGCAAGCGUGGAAGUGGGUAUGGAUUAAUUGUUCCAACUUUGUAUCAAGAGUUUUGUAACUUGUCUUCAUGGGUAAUAAAUAAAGCACAAAUUUUCUCUC